CGCUUCUACAAACAUUUCAACACUCCCCAAAAACACAAUAACACUGCUUCCCACUUCACAAAUGGAGCCAAAGUGCACCAUAAACUGUCGCCGCUCGGAGUUCGUUCCGACCCCUCUGCCGGAGAGUCCUCGAGUGCCCAUGGAGUUUCUGUCACGCUCAUGGAGUGCCUCUGCUCUUGAGGUUUCCAAAGCUCUUUCACAUCACCACUCCUCUCUCUCCUCUUCUUGCAUGCCUAAUUCAAACAACACUUCCAUUCCGGAGGAAACUGUUCCCAACAACACCAACACCACCGCCUUUCUCUCUGAAGAUUUCUCCACCAUGUCUAAGAAUCAGUUCUCUUUUGCUUCCUCUGCCACCUCUCAGCUUGUCCUUGAACGCAUUAUGUCACAAUCCACAAGAGAGGAAGUGUCUCCGUUAACGUCGGGUAGGUUAUCUCACAGCAGCGAGCCUUUGAAUGGCGGUGGUUCCUUAACCGGAACAGAUAGCCCUCCGAUUUCACCUUCGGAUGAGUUUGAUGACGUUGUUAAGUUCUUUCGGGCAAAUAAUUCAAUUCACCCUUUGUUCAAUGGUGGACGAGCCAGUGCAACCAUUGGCAACGGCACAGCAUGCUCAGGACCAAAAACUGUUGGAAGAUGGUUAAAGGACCGAAGAGAGAAGAAGAAAGAAGAAAACAGAACCCAUACUGCUCAGCUGCAUGCCACUAUUUCAGUGGCUGCAGUGGCUGCUGCCGUUGCAGCUAUUGCGGCUGCAACAGCAGGCUCGUCUGCUCCCAGCAAGGAUGAGAAGAUGGCAAAGACUGACAUGGCUGUUGCUUCUGCAGCUACAUUAGUUGCUGCGCAGUGUGUAGAGGCUGCAGAAGCUAUGGGGGCCGAGCGUGACCACCUUGCUUCUGUCAUCAGCUCUGCUGUGAAUGUCCGUUCCCAUGAUGAUAUUACUACUCUUACAGCUGCAGCUGCCACAGCUCUACGAGGAGCGGCAACCUUGAAAGCAAGAGCUUUGAAGGAGGUAUGGAAUAUAGCCACAGUUACGCCACUGGAGCGAGGCAUAGGGGGGAUUGGACUAUGUGGUAAAAGUAUUAACAGCAAUACUAGCAACACCAGCACCAGUGAUAGCGGGGAAGUUUUCAAUGGAGAAGAUUUUCUAGGUGCCUGCAGCCAAGAGCUUAUUGCUAAGGGCAGUGAAUUACUCAAGCGCACCCGUAAAGGUGAUCUUCACUGGAAAAUAGUGUCUGUCUAUAUACAUAGAACCGGCCAGGUAAUGCUGAAAAUGAAGAGCAGACAUGUGGCAGGAACAAUUACCAAAAAGAAAAAGAAUGUUGUGUUAGAUAUCUGCAUGGAUUUACCAGCAUGGCCAGGGAGACAUCUGUUUGAUGAUGGUGAAAAGAGACGCUACUUUGGAUUGAAGACGGACCAAAGGGGGAUUGUGGAGUUUGAGUGUCGAAAUCAACGAGAAUAUGACAUCUGGACACAAGGGGUUUCGAGACUACUCUCCAUUGUAGCACAGAGGCAAAACAGAUAUGGAAAUUAAACCUGUCAUCUUUAAUACUUACCAACAGAGUCGCUAGCUAUCACUGACUACUGAACUCGAUUCAAACUACAUAUGUUUUGAGA